UGAACCUUUAGCGAUACAAACAAUCGUAAAAGCAUGGUCGCUUUACUUAAUGUUGCUUGCUCGCUUGUCGUACAUUUCUCACUUCGAGUUUUGCACAGUGUGUGAAAAAUGUUUUUCGCGAAGAAAUGUUCUCCGUAAUUCUUCUACGCGUUCUUUAUUUGACCACGCUUAUUUUAGCAGGACGACAGCUAUGUACAGCCAACAGCGGCGUCGACCGGGAUUUCAACGGCGCCGAUCUGAACUGGUGCAAGAUGAUCCCCGAGGGUACCGUUCCCGAAUGCAGCGGUAAAGCCGCCGCGACAACAUCGGCACCACCGUCAACCGCUGUUCCCAGUACUUCCGGUGCGUCUAAUCCAUCGACGACGCCGACGCCGGACCUGGCGCUGACCACGGCGCCCGGCGAACCGUCCCUGGCGGAUCUUGAUCCCCAGUUUAACUUCAUCGGCACCGAGAGAUUGCCGGCUGAGCAAGUGAUGAUGACGAGCAAGAGCUUCGAAGGCGACAUACUCGGAUACGAUCCCGUCCUCAUGAAGUCCACGGAACAGCUGCAACAGCAAAGCAAGAACUUUAUCACCGACGACAGCCGCAAGUGGCCGCGGGGCGUCGUCCCCUUCAAACUAUCCUCGUACUUCCGGCCGCUGGAGACGGCCAAGGUGCGGGAGGCGCUGGAGUCCUUCACGGGCAAGACGGGGGUGCAGUUCAAGGAGCGCUCUUCCGAGGCCGACUACCUCUACAUCGGACCCGGCGUCGGGUGCCAAUCAUACACCGGUCGACAAGGUGGCGAGCAGCUGCUCAGUCUACAGAUGCCGGAAUGCAAAGACGCCGGUCUCAUCCACCACGAGCUGAUGCACGUUGUCGGUUUCUACCAUGAACAAUCGCGCACCGACAGGGAUAAGUACGUAGAGAUCAACUGGGAUAACAUCGGGCAAGAGAAUCUGGGCCAGUUCCAGAAGUACAGCGCGGAGGAGAUGACAGCUUUCGGGGAAGAGUACGACUUUCGGUCGCUGAUGCACUACGGCCAGUUCUACUUUGCGCUGAAGACCGGCGUCUUCACCAUCCGCCCGAAAGCGGACAAACUGCCGCCCGGCAUGUCCGUCCAGGAGAUGGGCCAGCGCGACGGCCUCAGCGCCAUCGACCUGACCAAGAUCAAACUGGCCUACCCCAAAUUCGAUAGUAAAUGUCCGACCGAGGAGGGUUGGAUGCAAGUAGGCGAGAAGAAGUGCUACUAUUUCUCCUUCAUCGCCAAGAAAAAGGUUUUUCGUUUCGCGGAAGGACGCAAUUAUUGCCGGCUGCGCAGCGCGGCGCCGGCCUCGGAGCAGCCGAACAGUAUGCGCUUCGUGCACGGCGUGAUGGAGGAGCACAAGGACGUGUUAGAGAGUGGGCAGCGUGUGUGGAUCGCCAACUGCAAGACCAUCACGCGCGGCUCACCCAAUGCCAUGGACGCCGAGUGCGUGACGUCCACGCCACAGUAUUUCAUCUGCUAUAAACGCAUCACGGUGGAAGAUGCUUAAACGAGUUUUCUAAUCAUCCGCUCCAGAACCGACCCGAUGUAUCGAAUCUUCCUUUAACAAAGCUGCAUUUUGUACAUGUUUUGUACAGUUUCGUUACUGAUCAAUGUGAACAAGUUGGGAUGGUGAAUUGCAUCGAUUUUAAGGGAAGUGUGCCGGUACAUGGUACCAAAUUCGUGUACAUGCACGAAAACGUUUGCUUUUGCGCAGAUCCCAAACACUUUUUAUACAAUUAUUUUAUAACAUUCUGUAGCCAAAUCAUAUGUAUACUUUGGUGUAAAAAUCGUUUGUGGGCGCAACAUCCGGUUAACGUUGCGAAACACUAGACGCAGUACUAUUCCAAAAAUUAAAACGCAAACAGGUUUAUCUGUACUGUAGUAAAAGUCUCUUUGGUCGUCUUCGAAUUCUGCAUAUGAACGCACAUAAUAGAUAUGAAGAAAGUUUUACAACGAAUCAAGGUGGGACAUUUUUUGAAUUUUGAAAAUGGCUUUCAAAAAUCCCAUGUGUACAAAGCGUCUGUCUAUAAAAUGCCAUUAAGCGGACUGCGCAAAAGCGAAAGUUUCUUUGCAUGUACAGGAAUUACGGUGCCAUGUACCGCGUAACUUUACUUAACAUAACUGGAGCAAUCUGUCGGUCAUUUUCACUGGCAACGCUGAUUCAUCUGAUUCAUACAAAUUAUCUGUAUUAUGGCGUGUCUUUUUAUACUGGCAGUAAUAUUACAAGUUUACAACCUUGAAUUUAUGA